UGACACAAUCGAAGACAUGGGCGCCCCCAGGGGGGGGCCAGGGGGGGCCGCGGCCCCCCCUGAGAUUCUGAUUAUUUGGUAUGGUUUUUUUAUAUUUACUAUCUACAUAAAAAACAAUUUUAGGAUAAAAAUAUUAGAAAUAAACUUGUAGCAGAGCAACGUGUAUUGUAUUCAUAAACAGACGCUAACAGACUAGGGCUAAUUUCGCCUUUUUUUGUUCUGGAUUUUUUUAAAUCUGGAUUGACGCAUUUUGACAAAAAUCCGCGAAAUUCGCGCUAGUGUGAAUGAUGCCUAACCCUGGCGCUUGUGCAAUAGGAAGUCACGUUAAGGUGCGUAUACAUAUGCGAGCCGAGCGGUUCGCGAGCCGCUUGUGAGCCGCUCGAUGGUGGUUCGUUGAAAGAUUCAGCGCACCAAACGCAAACAAACAUCGCAGUCGACAAAUGCAGUAUGGCUUCGCGAAACGAAAAUUAUACUAUUUUGCUGGGUGCUGCAGUUUUAGUAAUGGCUGAUGUAAAUAAAAAAAAGAGAAAACAACGACGUUGGUGGUGUACUAAUUUAUUCAAGAAACACAGUGGUACGGGAAUUUUAAUGGACCUAAAGUCGCAAGAAAUAAGCGGACAGUAUAAAAAUUUCACUCGAAUGACACCUACUGACUUUGAGAAUCUGUUGCAAAGGAUUGGACCCCAUAUUUCAAAACAGGAGACUUAUUUUCGUACUCCAAUCUCUGCCCAAGAUAGAAAAAAAUGGACAUUCGCAAUUUUUUUAAAAGAAAAAUUACAACCACCGAAGAAACCACUAAUCCGUCUAAAAAAAUGGGACUUCAACCAGUACAUCAAGAUAGACGCUGGUGACCAAACUUUGGGCAACCACCUGUUUACCGCUGCUGGUAAUUCUAAAUAUACAUCACACAGAAUUCAAAAUGAAAUAAUUUCAUUAGCCGGAGAAGUACUGUUAAGAAGCGUAGUAGAAGAAGCAAAUUCUUCUAAAUAUUUUAGUGUCUUGGCUGAUGAGACUGCCGACAUUGCCGGACACGAGCAGCUAUCUAUUGGCAUACGAUAUGUAUUUGAACAAAAUGAUAAGUUUACCCUGAAAGAAGAGUUUCUUGGAUUUGUCAAGUUGGACCGACUAAACGCUGAUAGCAUCGCAUCUUCAAUUUUGCAGUUUUUAGAAAAAUCGGGCUUAAGUCUUGACAAACUUAGACUGAAAAAUGAAUUGCAGCUGAUCUAUAGCGAUGAUCAAUAUCAAAAUAUGGAACCCCGCUUAUUAAAGGAAUCGCUAUUUGAGAAUCGCAGUAUCUUCAAGGAGGCAUAUAAGCUUUUGUGUUUAAUACUGACCAUUCCAUCAACAAGUGUUUCGACAGAACGCAGUUUUUCAUGCCUUAAGCGAAUCAAAAGUUAUCUACGAAGUACUAUGUCGGAAGAUCGGUUGACGAACUUGGCAAAAAUAUCGAUCGAAAAAGAAUUAUUAAAUGAACUGAUAGUGUCACAGCCGUUUUACGAUGACGUUAUAAAUAAGUUUGCUAAUUUGAAGGACCGACGAAUUGCUCUCAUAUAUAAACAAUGA